AUGAAAAUUGUUAAGUUUUUUGCAUUGUUUUUGGCUUUUAUAUGCUAUCAGAAAGAACAACUAAAUGUUCAAGCAGCAAAUGCAAUUAAGAAGCUUGCAAAAAAAGGAGGUAAAAGUCAAAAUUCUGAAGCUGAAACAGAAUCAAGUGGAGUAACCUUACCAAAAAAUGAACGAUGUAAAUUUAUCGGUAAUCAUAUUGCCGAAGGGAAAAAUACAUCAAAAUACCUUCAUAAGUUUAUGAAAUGUUUAUUAGAAAACAAAAAUAUACAAUCUAGAAGUAUCCAUGAAAAAUAUACCAAAAUAUCAGAAAAAUGCGCUAGAUAUGGUCAUAAAGCUUCAGAGUUAACUAAAAUCUCAUCGUUAGAUUGCAUUUUCUGCUAUAAAGAGAUAGUGAAAUCCAUGGAGGAGAAAUUUUCUGAUAUUAAAAAGAUGUUAAAGCCAGGAGAAGAUGAAUCAAUUAUGUACAUAUACACAAUUGUUGCUUAUUUGGAAAAGUACUUAAGAGCAAAGCUUUCUGUUAUUACAAGAUACGUUACUAUUACAGAUUGGUUUAUGGCAUAUUCAAGUUCAAGAGACUUUUGUGGGACUUUAGUUAUUGUUUAUGGUUAUUGGAAUAGAGUAGUGAGAGACGUUUUCUGGACAUAUUUAAUAGUAGUUUCUGAUAAUUACCUUUCGAGGUUCCCUGUUGAAUUCCAAUGCCCAUAUUCAAGAAUUGAUAUAUCAGGAGUUAAUAUAAAUGAGGAUAAAGACCUAACUGCUAUUAUGGAAAACCCGUUAUCUUUUGUAUAG